AUGGAAUUAGAUGCUGUACAGGUGCACCAGAGAAUUCACGGAAUUAGAUUCUGUACAGGUGCACCAGGUAAUAAUGAAAAUAAGAGCCAGACCAGAAGCAAAACCCCACCGAUUUUGAAAUUGGCUGUAAGUGGGGUCACAGAGCUUUUACGGGUUUUCUCCUUCUCAAGCACAGAGAGAUUGGAGAAAGUGAACAAUAAAGAUAGAGAUGAGAUAUCUGUUUCUGGUAUUGACGAUGUUAUAAUGGUCCUCAAGUCUGAUUAUGAGAAUGCUUAUUUCUGUGCUGGUCUUGCUGAUUUUGGAUUGUUGGUUUCACUUGAAAGGAUUUCAUCUCCCUGCCUUAUUCCAAGCACAAAACAGCUAUGUUGUGCCCUUGGGGUCUCUUCCUUUACCCAUCUGAUUGCUGGCUGUGUGCCAUUAUUUUUCUCGAGUGCUGUUGGUUUCUUGGCAACAGGGGCUGCUCUACAGGGGGUUUUCACUUCAGCAAUUUAUGCUGAAGAUUGUAUCUUUGAAGAUCCAACUAUUAAAUUCCAAGGUACCGAGUUGUAUUCACGCAAUUUGAAAUUGCUGGUUCCUUUCUUUGAUUGUCCAUCAAUUGGAUUACGAAACAUUGAGAAGGUGGCUUCAUUUGAGCCGAUCCCUGAUAUAUUUGACAGUGAACACUGUUUUAGGCAACAUAUGGGUGUCAAUUCUGAAACGUAUUUUGUGCUGGCAACAUGGAAAUUAAGAACAUACCUGAAAUUUCCAUGGAGGCCUCUCAUUUCAAUCGAUGGAAGCACAAUCUAUGAAUUAGAUGACAAGUUUAAAAUUGUUAGGCAUGCUGAGAGCUGGAAUGUUUCUGCACUUCAAGCAAUUGGUCAGAUAUUUACCCCUAGCUUUGACAGGGGUGGUGAUUAA